GCAGCAGGCAACUCGAACUCACCAACCAGAUUAUCGUCCACAAACAUCUCUAGGGCGCCCAACGGAAUUCCCCGCCAAUCACCCAAACAUAGAGACUGGACCAAGGUUUUUGACAAUGGACUCGGGCAUGCGGAAAGUAAACGGAGCAACGUGGUAACGUCCAAUCGGUGCCCUGAUCAGGAGAUUCAAACCCCAAUCCGACCGGGGCGGCCAAGACGCAUGUGCUCGGGUGGAAGGAGACAUGGGAUGGGUGCACUGAACGACUAGGAAUGUCCAUGCUAAAUAGACGAUUAAAGUGCAAGCUAACCUCCUUGCAGAAUCCAUGUGGAAACUCACAUGCAAUCUUAAUCAGACAUUCUACUUACGGCUGGGGGUGAUGGAGAAGUAUUCCUAAUAGACACGCUACUAUCCCAUCGGCAAGACUUGAGGCAAACGGGGCUGCCACACACACAGCUACCUGUCUGCCAGCAGCGGGCUCAGCCACCAGUAUUCUGUCCCCAAGUGCUUCGCGAGUCCUUGUUACGACACGAACAGCUGCCACCCUCGGACUGAGGUAGCAUCUGGCAGCUCAGGAACGGGUGUUUCCACCGAAUACGGCAAAGCAUGCGGUACUACCUAUACGUCUGCCUCUUAUUAGCGAGCGGUCGUUCCCGGGGAACGGUUCCGAGUUUGGAUUGAACGCCGAUCGUCUGGGAACGAAGGAGCGCAGCGGUACGGCGGCGACGGGGUGCCGUUUGGGGCCUUCAUCAAGCAGAAAAGGAAAUUCACCCCACGACAGCAGGACCGGCAAGUUGGAGAAGAACGCGUAGGGCGUACGAGGCACGUCUCGUAGGGCGGGUUAGAAGUGCCGCCGCGCGCCGAACGGAGAUGGAGAGCUGGAGCCGAGGGAGCGUUGGGGUCUCGGGGAGAUGUCCAAGCAGCGGCCAAAAAGGGAGUUUGAGGGAGCGGUCGACUUGAGGUCGAUAGGGCAAGACAUUGGCACUCGGGAGUCGAACAGCUGCCGGGAAUCGAAUCGAAUCCCAGGAUACCCCAAGGACGGAAAUGCUGAGGAAACAAGGACGGUGCAGAAGGGAGGCGGCCACGCUGGCAGCACAUAGCAUUAAAAUUAUGGCCAGGCCACCACUACCACUCGUCGUGUGGUGGCGCGCCAUGGUGUGACCACAGCUCUCGGCAAAAUAAUCUGGGCUCCACAUGCCAGGGUGAAAAUUUCGUGUCUAGAGUCGUGACGUCAUAGGCCUAGGGUCCUACAAG